AUGGCUGUCGCUUAUCCGCUGGCUCUGGGUCUCUCGCUCUUGCCCUUCUUCCUGCAUCCAGCCCAUGCUAUCACCAACAACCCCAACAGCGCCGACUCGUCCUGUCGCUGUUUUCCUACGGAUCCCUGCUGGCCCUCCCCCUCCGAGUGGAGUGCAUUCAAUUCUUCUCUCGGCGGCAAGCUGAUCGCCACUGUUCCUCUGGGGAGUGUCUGCCACCGUGACGGUCCCUUUGCAGCCUAUGAUGCCUCGGCAUGCAGCCAACUGCAAGAUGUCUGGCCGUUGCCCUCUGUCCACUACAGCACCCCCUCCUCCCCCAUGGCCGCCUGGUUCGCCAAUUUCUCCUGUGAUCCAUUUCUGGGCCCCGAUAGCACCUGUACGGUAGGCUCGCUGGUGCAGUAUGCAGUCAAUGUCACAGACCCCGAGGAUGUGCGGCAAACGCUGCAAUUCACCCGAACCCACAAUAUCCGCCUGGUGAUUCGCAACACGGGCCAUGACUAUCUUGGCAAAUCGACCGGCGCUGGUGCUGUGGCCCUCUGGAUGCAUCAUCUCAAGCACACCGCGUAUCGGCCCCAGUACGCGUCACCCACAUACACCGGCCCCGCUCUGCAGUUGGGGGCUGGAGUUCAGGGCUUCGAGGCCAUGAAGGCAGCGCACGCCCAGGGGAAGGUUCUGGUGACGGGGAACUGUCCCAGCGUGGGCGUAGUGGGUGGCUAUGCCCAAGGAGGGGGUCAUGGCCAACUGGCGUCCAAGUUCGGGCUCGCUGCGGAUCAGGUCCUGGAGUGGGAAGUCAUGACGGCCGCCGGGGAUGUUGUGACGGCGUCACCAACACUGAAUUCGGAUCUCUAUUGGGCUCUGUCUGGCGGAGGGGGCGGCACCUAUGCAGUGGUGUUGAGCGCCACCGUCAAGGUGUAUCCCGACCUGCGAACGUCGACGGCCAGACUCGCCUUUUCCGGUAAGCGAGGCUCUUCACAGCACUUCUGGGAGGUAGUGCACACCUUCAUGAUCUCUCUGCUGCCUCUGCUCGAUGCAGGAGCAGCGGCGAUCUGGCUGAUCUCCGACUCGACCUUUAGCUUGGCCCCUGUCACCCUGCCGGGGGGUAGUCUGUCCCAGCUGCAGGCCGGGCUAGCGCCGACGUUGCAGCUACUGCAGCGAUACAAUCUGUCCUACUCAUACGAGAUUGAUGAAUUCCCCACCUUCUACCAGAGCUACGAGACAAUGAACCCCGCCAGUAACAUCACCGAGUAUCAGAUCGGCGGCCGGCUCAUCUCGCGCUCAGAUUUGGCUGCGAGUUCGCGUUCUAUCCUCUCAGCCCUGCAGGCGAUAGUGCAUACAGGGGCCGCGAUUUCCGGUGUGUCGGUGAAUGUGUCUCGCACGCCUCCGCCCCGGAACGCCGUGAAUCCGAUUUGGCGCGAUGCAGCCAUCUCAUUCACCCUGGGAGUACCGUAUUCCUACACCAAUCGCACACUCGAUCUUGAGAAUCAAGCGUUGGUGACCAACGAGCUGGUCCCACGACUGGCCGCGCUGAGCCCUGGGGGAGGCGCGUAUCUCAAUGAGGGAGAUUUCAACCAACCGGACUGGCAGUGGGUGUUCUACGGCCGGAACUACGAGCGGCUCACGGCUGUCAAGGACAAGUACGAUCCUGAACACGUCUUCUACGGGCGCACCGCCGUGGGGAGCGAGCGGUGGAUAGAGCAGCAGGAUGGACAUUUGUGUCCGGUAGCAAGUAGCGUACAUACUGUAUAG